UCACCGACGGAUACGCCCGUACCAACGGCGCAACCAGCCCAGCAUCUUCGAGGCCGACUGUUGACUCGCUGCUCGACCAGCUCAGCGCCGACCUGCCCAAUGGUCGCUCCUCAACAUCGCCGGUACCUCCUUCCACCGGGGGCACCCUUCCUCGGCCGGGCACCAAGCAGGUCACAGUCACGGUGCAGGAGACCGUGGUGGAGCCAGCGCAGUCGCAGCAGCAGCCGGCACCGACCGCUCCGGCCGUGCGUCAUCAUCACCACGCCUCUAACGCCACGAAAGAGUUGGAUGAUCUGAUGGCGUCGCUGUCUGAUUUCAAAGUAAGCGGCACAGGAGCUGACGGCGGAACCCACGUAUAUCGCGAGAAGCGUGCGUGGCAAGAACACUACCGCAGCAACCCGCGGCAACCAGAGUCCGCCUCUCUUGAGCAUAUGCUCGGAUCUCUCCGGGCAGACAUGAGCCGCCAAGGAGUACAGACCCCCCAAAAGGGAUGCUGCAACGCUUGCGAGAAGCCCAUCGUCGGACAGGUCAUCACCGCGUUGGGUCGCACGUGGCACCCUGAGCACUUCACCUGCGCUCACUGCAACCAGGAGCUCGGCACCAGGAAUUUCUUCGAGCGCGACGGCAGGCCCUACUGCGAGCCUGACUACCACAACCUGUUCUCGCCCAGAUGCGCUUACUGCAACGGACCUAUCCUCGACAAAUGCGUAACGGCUCUGGAAAAGACCUGGCACACGGAGCACUUCUUCUGUGCUCAGUGCGGCCAGCAGUUCGGUGAGGAUGGUUUCCACGAAAGGGAUGGCAAGCCUUACUGUCGCAAUGACUACUUCGACAUGUUCGCGCCAAAAUGCGGCGGCUGCAGUAAGCCUAUCAUGGAGAACUACAUCUCAGCACUCAACACACAAUGGCAUCCAGAUUGCUUCGUCUGCAAGGACUGCGAAAAAGCCGUCAAAGGCAAAUCAUUCUAUGCCAUGGAAGGAAAGCCGGUUUGCCCAAAAUGCGUCGGAGUCGAUGAGGAUGAUCAAUUCUCUUUCCAGGAAUGCCGCGAGCCCUUCCACGGCGGUUCGUUCUUCGAGCACGAGGGCCAGCCGUACUGCGAGACUCACUACCACGGCAAGCGCGGCUCGCUGUGCGCCGGCUGCCACAAGCCCAUCGCCGGCCGCUGCAUCACCGCCAUGUUCCGCAAGUUCCACCCCGAGCACUUCGUCUGCGCCUUCUGCCUCAGACAACUCAAUAAAGGAACCUUCAAAGAACAGAACGACAAACCUUACUGCCACACGUGCUUCGAUAAGCUGUUCGGUUAAACAUUGCUUGUGACGUCACAGCCCAGUAUCGAUUUUCUUGAGAUAUGUUCCGCUUAUUUUAAAUGCGCUGUGGUAAGUUGUUGAAAUCGACUUAUGAAUGCAGUAUUUUUAUUGUAAAGUGAAUUAUAAAAUUAUAAGGCAAAGGUUCUAAUUAAAAUAGUUUCGACUGGAAGUCGUGCGAGUGCCAUACGUCGAUAAAACAAAUGUAUGAUAUUAUAAAACUGCUUACGUCACAUUAAGAAUUAAAUAUUUAUUUUCGUAAACUAUUAAAGUAUGUCAAUAAAUCGAGAAUUCUGGAAGAAAUAAGAAUAAAUGAGAUUAUUUCUAGGUCAUACGGAUUACCUGUGCGUGUAAUAUAUCGCUUUAUCGUACAGAUACAACUCCAAUUGAAUAAAUAAGUACUCUGUCAAGAUAAAAUUGGUAUGCAUAUUUUUCGUUCCAAAAUUAAAAUGAACAAUAUUUAUACUCAUUGAUUUCAACCUGCCGGUAUUCACAAGAAGUUUCUUCUUGUUACUGAAGCUAUAGUUACGUAAUUGGUGUAAAUCCAAUUAAUUUUGACAUAAUCAAAACCAUCAAUAAUGAUGGGACACAAAUUAUAAUUUAUUAGAAUUAGUGACUGCUCUUAGUACUGAGUUUAUUUAUAUCAAUUAACUGUAAACAAUAUAUCUGUGACACAUAUAGGUAUGUAUCUAAUUAGCUUUAAGUUUAAUUUUCUCUUAACAUAUUAGUAAUCAUUAAACAUUUCACUAUCACAGUUAAAAAGUGCUUAGAUAAUAAGUCACGUUAAAACAUCGACGGUGUAAAUAAUAUAAAUUAAUUAUAAAAAUUAUACAUACAUAGUAUUUUCAUUAUUAAAAUUACGUCCUUCAUGCAAAAUUAUAUAUUAAAACGAUCGUACAAAAUUAACACAGCCAUAUGUGUGUAUUUAAAAAUUGACAGUGAGAUUUAAAUGUUUUGGAACAAAAUUAUUAAAGUAUACAGAAAUAAAACCGUCGGUUUCUCGAACGCUGGUAAGCAAAAAAAUAAUUAAUCUGAUAAUAUGGACUACGAUUGGUGAUUAGAAAUUAGGUUAACCAAACACAAUCCUGACGGUCUAAACCACGUCUCAAAGUGAUAUUAUGAUGAUUAUAGAAGCGGACCAACGCAAGACACAGCGUAAAGCGACAUCUAUCAUUCACCUUCGCAACAAUAUUUCAUUUGAGACGUGGCAAUAGACCUGAAAAUCUAAAUCAGAGUUCGAGAAACCGGUGGUAAAGCUCACGUUAGAUUCUAGAUGAUACUAGCUAAUUAAUAUUGAUGUAAUGUAACUAGUGCAUGUGAUUUAACUAAUUAAGAAUAGUGUUUAUACUAAAAAUCGUUCUAAGAUUAGAUAGGAUACAAAUUUUGAAGAUGUUAUUGCAAAUACCGCUAUUACGGUCUAAAAUGUCGCAGACAUUAUUUAGUAGCUAAGUAUUUAGAGAAAUAACGGAUAUUGUUUUUCGAUCGAUUGCUUGUAGUUGCAUAAAAAAGAAUUCUUGUCCUUGAAAUGCAUAUUAAAGAUCACAUUAUUAAAAAAUAGAUGUCGUUCAUUAAAUUUCGAAACAAUAGUGCUUUAUCAAGCCCAUGUAUAACAAUCCGGUUUAGAUAAAAAUAGGAAUGAUUGUCAGCCAUUUUGUUGUCAUUUUUUGUAAUUCUACAAUUCUACAUGCUGAGGUAUCAACAUAGACGUUAUUUAAAAGAAUUCUUAUUUGAACCACAAUACACAUGCAUUUUAUAUACGUUAGCUUCCAGUAAUAAUAAUCGAUUUGACUCAAUUAUAUUGAUAAGUUCUGUAUCUUCCAUUAGCGUUACGCUGUACAGUUAUUUGCUAUGUUGUUAUUAUAUUUUUAUUACUCCAUUUUGCGUUAUUGCUUGAAGUUCGUUAGAAAGUGCCAAACUUAUCGGGCAAGCUUAUGGCCGACGUUCACGGGCCAACACGUCUUGAAUAAAAUAUUAUUAUGAUUACAAGGAACUCAUUUACACCACAAAAUUUGGUUUCUAUCAAUAUUUUUAAUGGUGUCAUGUUCAAAAUUAUUUGUAGUUUAUCAUACAAUCAAAUAUGCACUAAUAAAUUUCAUUUUUUAGGUGAUGUAGGAUCAUAGGUAUGUGCGAGUUUAACUUACAUUUGUGUUGGAUCAUGCUCGUCGGCAUUAACUUUAUCGCUUUGGCUUGAUAACACUGGUAACGACUGUGGGUUACAUUAACCGCGACACGUUUAGUUAGUGAACUACUCUAUGUAAUCUAUGAGACACGAUUUUAUUGAAUCUGUAAUAUUUUAACAAAUAUAUUUAAUGUUUUUUUUA